AUGAGUGAUAAACUGCUUCGACUUGAAGAUCCACUGCGCAAUAGUUCUUCUGUUUCAAACUGUAACGAUGGAAAUAUUCUUAAUGGUGACUGUGUACUGAACCAAAACGCAACUUAUGCUUCACGAAGUUACUCCAACGGUCAUGCCACAGAAUCCGGAAUUUCGGAGGACUGCGAUCGAGAUUUCGCAACUAAACCAGUAGUUACAAGGCCUACAUUAGGUGAAAAGCGCAACAGCACUGCAACUGGAAGUAGUAGCAGUGGAAUUGGGACAAUGCCAGGUGGAACCAACCGUCCAGGGUCAAAUAUCAUCAGUAUAAAUUCAUAUGAGAAAGAAAAAGUCCCACAAACUUCUCGUGAUAGAGAGAAGCAAUUCAAAAUGCCUGUUUUCAGUCAAGAUCAUUUGAAUGAUAAGCAAAAUAAAUCUCGAGAUAUAUCUCGCAUUCAUCUCACUGAUUCACAAUUAAUGAGACGUAAAACAUAUGGAAAUUCACGUGCUGCCAGUCCUUCAGUGAGUACAGAUAUUAACUCAGAAUCUCAUGUCCUUAAUGAUAAUCCUAAUGAUCAAUCUGGUCUCUCAAGAUCAAGAAAACGAGCAAGAAGUGAAGUCCCUAGGAUGGGAUCAACUGGUUCAAAUAAUUUGUCAUCAAAUCCUUUGCUUAGAUCUGUCAACGACGAUCAAGAAGACAGUGAAGAUGACGAACAUGUUGCCUUGAAUAAAGGCAACUCGCGUUCAGAUAUUGAAGAAGAUGGAUUUUAUACUGGAAAUGAUUUCGAUGUUGGGCUGCGUGGCAGACAACGACGUCAAACGUACCAGCUGAAUAAUAGGCACAGGGAUUCAUCUUUGGGUGGAUACGCACGUUCAACUGCCUACGGGUCAACAGGAGGUACACUGCCUCGACGCCAACGAAUGACAGGUAGUCUUACUCGUGCCACAACAAUCAGUGGUGUUGACCCCCAUGGAACUUUACGGUCUGCAUGUAGACUCGCCCAAUCUAUUCGCACUGGUGUUAUUCCACCUCCACCAUCUGAACCACCUCCUGCUACACCACUCUCUGGUUCAUUAAUGUCUGAAUUAGAGUCCAUUGGCCCAAACACAGUAACUGGCUUACUGAACCCAUUCGCUCUACAAUUACAUAACUCGCAACAACAGCAACAACAAGCUUUAGCGGCUGCUGUUGCAGCAGCUAGUGGAUUUCCUCAAGUCUUCUCAGCUGUCAAUCAGAAUAAUCUAACCAGUACUUAUAUGCUAAAUCCUGCUCUGCUUAAUGCUGAAACCAAUAAACUACUACAGUUGCAACAAGCUAAAUUAAUAGCUCAGCAUCAAGUUGGUUUGGUCGAACAACAGUUACGUCAGCAGCAGCAACAACACCAGCAGCAGCAACAACAGCAACAAUUUCUAGCUGCUGCUGCUGCUGCAAGCAGUUUGAUGCAACAUGCUAAUGUUAAUGGUCAGAGUUUAGCAAAUGCGUCAUAUAUUCAAGGUUUUGGUACAUACGGACGUACAUCUCGCCCUGGGUCGGCUAUUCCACCUCCUAUACAAUCCUAUUUAUCACCAGCAAAUUUAUUAGCUGUUCAGCAACAGCAGCAGCAACAACAACAAUUAGAACAAAGUCAAUUAUUACUGAGUGAUUCAAAUGUACAAAUGUCCACACUGAAUUUUACUGGUUCCCCAUCUGUAAAUCUAAAUUUAAAUUCAGAGCAGAAUGAUGCAUGUGUGAAUAAAUCUCCUUCCGAAUGUGGUGGCAAUGGCGGUGGAGGAUCUGGUUCAGUGGUUUACGAAAAUUCUUACAGUUCAUUCAACAAGCUUUUGUCAAACAAUAUGUUGCCUACUGCUUCACUCUGUCAAACUGGAUUACAAUCAUUUAUCACUACGAAUGUAAGUAAUCCAAAUGAUGCAAUUUAUCUGGGAACAUCACAAAAUGUGUCUAUGAUGAAUAAUGGUCCAGCCGGACAGGAUAAUAGUGCAGCUGUAAAUUGCUCACCGCUUGUUCAAACAUUUAUAUCUCCUGUACAACAGCAGCAGCAGAGUCGUGCAAAUAAUCCCGCUUUAGCUGACUCGACAAGGGGUAUUGAACCGACCUACUCAACGACAACUGAUGCUCUGCAUGGUAAAGUCAAACCUCAUUCCGAUUCAGUAGUUGUGGUUGAAAGGAAAUCUAAACAUCAUUGCCCAUGGUAUUAUUGGAUUAUAAGCAUACUGAUAUUAGCCUUUCUUUUGGCGCUUGUGCUAGCUGUGUCCUUCUCAGAGGAGAAAAAGCGUCUAGAUUAUCGAUUACAAGAACGAUUUGCCCAAGAUCCUGCAAUCAUUGGUCUUUUCGAUCCAAACUCUCCUCCAUAUAUUCUUGAAGCUUAUAAGCCUGUAAAUAUUAUCCUGGAGCCAAUGAAAUCAUGGUCAGGUCAAUGGCAUAUGCCGACAGCACGAUAUAUUCGUUAUAAUAUUACACUGUCAUCAUUAGCUUCAUCAAUCGGUGUAUUUAUGCGUCAUAAUACAAUGCCGACAAUUGUACAUUAUGAUAUAUUUGACCGGAUAACCGGACACAAUUUAUUAACUAAUUCUGGUCGACAGGAAUUAGGAAGUCGAGCUAAGCGUGCUGUCGAGCCAAAUCAUAGAACUUCAAAGCCUUUACUUCAUAUCGGUGCAAAUGAUGAAACACGUGAAACUGGACGUUUGCACUAUUUAGACGAAGGGAUUUGGUUUCUUGCCAUAGUUAACGAUCAACCUAGACGUGAACCGAUCACAUUCUCUAUUGGAGACGCAGUGAUGCGACGAGGUUGUCCAAAUGAUUGCAGUAAUCGUGGCGUGUGUGAUGGAGGGGUUUGUGACUGUGUAAAUGGAUUUAAAGGUCCAGACUGUUCAAUCGCUGAAUUACCGAAAAUCUGCAGUGGACACGGUGAUUAUGCAUCUGGUGCUUGUCGAUGCUAUCCUGAAUGGAAAGGUCAAGAAUGCCAAACAUUAUGGUCUGAGUGUGAAGAUGCAACAUGUUCAGGUAAUGGUCGCUGUGUUGUCGGUGAAUGUCAGUGUUAUGAAGGUUAUGCAGGCAGUUCAUGUCAGACACGCACAUGUAUCUCUUCUAACUGUUCUGAACACGGAGUUUGUAUUGAUGGGAAUUGUCGGUGUUUUACCGGUUGGUCUGGUAUUGGCUGUGAACUACCGGUGCCUAAUCAUUUAAUGAAUUCUAAACUAAUUCAACCAUCUGUUGGAUCAUCACCUAAAAGUAAUACUAACAGUGGAAAUAUCGGUAAUGGCAAUGGUAAACUACCAAAUCGACUAAUGAUGAAAUCAUCUUCUGCCCCAUCUUCAUCUAUACGGGCUAUGGCGUUAUCAGCUACACCUGUUAGCUUGUUAUUGGAUGCAGCUGCAGAACAAGAGUGUCCACUUGACUGUGGUCCAAAUGGUAUUUGUGACUACAUAAAUGGAUAUGAUCAACCUCAGUGUAGAUGCUUCUCUGGUUGGACAGGUUCUAACUGCAAUACAAAGCGGUGUGAUACCCGCUGCUUCAUAAAUGGACAUUGUACCAACGGUACAUGCAAUUGCAAAAUAGGAUGGAAUGGAAAAUACUGCACACUCGAUGGAUGUCCAGAUCAGUGCAGUCAACACGGUCAGUGUGUAAUGACCUCAAUCUCUGGUUUUUAUUAUUGUGAAUGUGCCGCAGGAUGGUCAGGUAGUGCUUGUCAAAGACAAAUUGAAACUACAUGUGAUGAUGGGAUAGAUAAUGAUAAUGUCUAUAUGGGUGACUUUUAUAUGUAUGAUUCUAAACAACUGACAACUCACCAAUUUUCAAGCUAUAGUGUUAGCAAUAGUCUUGUCUCAUUGUCUAAUUCAUUUCUUAGUAGUGGUGGCGAUACUGGAGGGACUCUCGGUCCGUCACCAAUACACAGUGAUCUAUGGAUUAUGAAGAGUAUUAUGCCGAAAUUAUCCGAUAAAAAUAUGAUUUCAGAGAAAUUAUGUGCAAGUGGACAUAUACAUGACAUAGUUACUCUUGGUGGACCUUAUGUACAAAUCAACUCGUUGAUGGAUAUUUCAAGUGUUUGUUUAGAUAAACAAGGUGUUGUUUGUGUCAGAAAUGGAGUACUGGUGUAUAGCAUCCCAAUAAAGGAUACACAACUGCGUCUGAUAUAUCGUUCUGAUCGAACUUCUGGUUACAAACCUGGCAUAUUAGUUCAUUUACUUGCGUCAAAUCGCGCUCCUCCGUUGAACCUGAGAGAAAUUCAUCUUGUGAUCGAUAUAGCUGGCCAACGUCAUGUGAAAAUUCUAGAACCAGAACCUGGUUUAUCAAGUACUUUCUACUGGAAUAAAACAGACGGUUACAAUCGAUCUGUUUAUGGUUUGAUUGAUACUAAAGUAUCUGUUGGUUAUGUGUAUACAAACUGUCCACGGAUAUUUUGGGAAUAUCGAAUUGCUCAUUUACCUGGUAAUGAACUCAUUAGUUCAGAUUUGGCUAACUGGAAUUUAAAUAUUUUGCAUACAUACGCAGUCAACCAUGGUAUUGUCUAUCGCGGUGAUGGUUCCCACCUCUACCUGAAACAAACAGACUGGCAUAUUAAUCCAAUUAUUGGAUUAUCUGAACAACGUCGGUUACCGAAUGAUUGUACUCAGUGUUCAAAUGAUGAUAAACCAGCCCGACAAUCGCCUCUACGUAAUCCAUACUGUUUACUGACCGAUUCUCUCGGUAAUCUCCUUAUCGGAGAUGGAGGGUUUUUACGUUGGUUAAAUUCAACUAAAUCAAAUGAUGAGUUGAGGUUUUCAUUUCUAUCAUCCUCAUCUUCAUCGUUCGGGAUGCCACCACCGAGAUCAGACUCACUGAAUAGUCAUAUUCAAGAACAAUUGAAACGUAGUGAUCGUAGACUAUGGGAACUGUUUGGUGAUUACAAACUUGACUUUCUUCAGUCCAAUUUCGAUGAAGACCAACUGACAGGCUAUUUCAUUACUGCACAUUCAAAUUAUGCUUAUCGUACAAAUGAUUAUGCUAUGCUUACAACCUUGCUAGGCAAUAAUGGGAAUAUUGGUGGAUUGGAUUUCUCGAAUGGAUUAUUUCUAUCGGAUACAGGUAGUAAAAGUAUUUGGUGGUUGAAAACCACACCGAAAUUGUCAGCACAUAUACUUAUUGGUGAGACAUGUCCCUUGUCGAACUCUAAAUCGGACACUGAUUCUGAGUCAACUUCAUCAUCAUCAACAUUUAGUAACCAAGAAUUUUGCGUGAAACAGAAUUUAAAAUCUCCUCGAGGAAUUGCCGCUACACAAAUGGAACUGUAUUUCAUUGACUCUCAGUCUAUUUGGUCAUUGCCACUGCGUCAAAUUGGUGCUAAUUUGAUUCGAUCUACCCGGCUUGUCGUCGGUGGUAAUCUUAACAAUCCAGGGAGCAAGAAAUCACCUACUUCAGCAAAUACAACUGACCCAACAGUAACAACAACUUCUACUCCAUCUCCAUCAACACCACCUUGUGAUCGAUCUAUGCCAGGUCAUCAAAUGUUGUUGCAUAACCCUAAACACCUAGUGUUUAAUCCCUUGGAACAGACAUUGUAUUUUUCAGAUAAUAACCAUGUUUAUCGUUACCACCUAGUCAGUCAAAUGGUGUCAUUAGCAGUUGGGCACCUUAAUGGUUGUCCUAUUAAAACAGAUGACUGGAGUUUUGCUCCACUGGCUACACAAGUUGAUUUAGAAGAAAUUCGUGGUCUCAGCGUCUCACCACAAGGUGAUCUGUUCAUAGCAGAACCUCGACAUAUAUGGAUUCGUCGAUCAGCUGAUAAUCGCUUGUAUCCAGUCGCUGGUAAUCAUUUUAAACAAUCAGAGACAGACUCGAGAAAUUCGAAGCAGAGUCGUUUCAACAAUAAUGAAAAUGUAAUUGAUUUAGGAUUAGCUAAAGAAUUUGUGUUUGACAGUAUCAGUAGUAUAGCUGCCAGUUUAUUUGGUGAAUUGUUUGUAGCUGACAAUUCACAUAACAGGGUUUAUCGUGUACAUUAUCAAUUACCGGAGAAAUCGGAGGCAGGUAACACAUAUCGUGUACUACAUUCACAAGCAGAGGAAAUUGAUUCAUUUGGCUCUUACGGUCAGUUGAUUUCUACAGAGAGCGCUUCUACUCAAAUGGUAUCGCACAGAUUAGAAUACCGUAAUAAUGAAAUAAGUGGUUGGCUUUCUCAAAUCCGUGGUGAUGAUCACAGUAUUAAACUGAGUAUACAUCGUGAUACCCAUGGAAAUCUACUACGCUUACAAACACCGACAGGUCGUCUAUACAAUGUGACGCUAGAGCCUGGCUCUGCACAACGUAUAAGUACUCUUAUUGAUCCAAUUAAUGGUGGCUUAUGGCGAUUUCACUAUUCCCCUGAUGGUCUUUUAACUCAUGUAAGAAAUCCUCAAGAUUCAGGAUAUGUACAGUUUCACUAUGCUGCUAAAUCAGGUCGCCUGUUGUACAUCACAUAUCCAAAUGAUAAGUCGGUCGAUGUGACUCGCACAGUUCGAAAUCAAGUCCCUGUGAAUAUGAGAUUUGAUACACUGGAUGAUAUAACUAGUCGAGAUAAUUUACCUAUCAGUCUGAGCGAUUCAUCGAAUCCAUCUGAACAGCUGGCUACAGUCAUUACAAUGCAGACAACCGAGUCAAAUAAACAUGAAAUGGAAAUAGACUAUGGUGAUUCAAAUAAUCUAUGGAAAGUUCGUCUAAGCCAGGUUUAUCAUAUUCAAAUGGAUAUGUACAGGCCACUGAAGUUAAUUCGACAGAUUACAAUACCUGGUAAUACCAUUAGAAAUGCCAUUGAACAUAUCGAUAAAUGGACCUAUCAUUUGAAUGAUGAAAGUAAUCCAAGACUAUCAGCUGAUAGUUAUUCUUCGUCAGGAAUAAAUAUGAAUAAAAAUCUGCACGCUUAUCACUUUUUCAAUACUCACUUUCGACGUAGUAUUCCAGAACAAAAUCAUAAUCAAUCUGCAUCAGAUUUAUUAAGCCGUUCUAAACGUCAGGUGUCCAGUCCUUAUUUCAAAAGAUUUUCACUUCGAUCAGAUUAUGCAAAUACUAACAACAAUAAUUUUGGUGAAGAAGUGGACUGGCAUUAUCAGAAGACUUUAGAGGUGAAUGGACAAAAUCUCUUGAAUGUGAAAUUUAAUUGGGCAUCACAGCUAGAGACGUAUCAGCAUGCUUCUACUGGACAUAUCCUCCUACAAAUUGUUUAUAAUGCAAAUUUUCAGCCGAUGAUUUUUAAUGCUUCUACGAACUAUCUACAGUCAACAGUAACUGGGCCUGAAUCAUUUCCAAUGAAAUCAGAUUAUGAUAUUAAUUAUAUGCGACCGGCUACGCUGACACUUGCCUAUACAAAGACAGGACAUUUGAGUGCAGCUGAAUGGGGCAAUGCAAGUUAUCGGUUUUCGUAUGAUGCGUCAAAUCGAUUGAAAGCAGCUGAUUUAGGUAGACCUACAGAUACUGUAUCAUUUCAAUAUGGAAAUCCUAAUAUUCCCUACCAACCAACAAUGGUUUCUGUUAGUGGAGCAGGUCUCUAUACCUUGCUUUAUUCUGACAGUCCUCUUGGCACUAGUGAAUAUCAAGAAUCUCAUUCAUCAUCUUCACCUCCCACAUUUACUCCGACAUCAAGCUAUACGGGCCUUUCUGGGAUAAUCACUCCUUCAGGCCUAAGACGUCAAUUUAAUCGAAUUAGUGGAAUAAAAGUGAAUCGCCUCAUGUUCACACCUGAUAUUGGUGAAUCGAUGAAAUUUUCAUCUGAUACUUCACAUUUGCUACGCUUUAUUUGGCCAAGCAACUAUAGGCGUAUAUCAAUAUUUCCUAGACAACAUUUCAUCGUUUAUGAUAAAACUUCAAUUCGAUGGGAUUCCAAUGGACUUAAACAACCAGUAGACAUGUUAACAGCUCCGCUUGUUCAGUUAACUGACAGCGCAUCUGGUUUCCGUCUACAAUAUCAACGUACAUUUCAAGGAAGUCUGCUACAGUCUUUACACAUAAGUCAACGAUUACCUGGUGUGAGAAAUGCUCAUCCUGAUCUCGGUGGGAUCUUAAAUGCUAAAUACACAUACGGUUAUGAUCUAAAUAUAAAUCUUGUUAGCAUUCAUACCUCACUGUUUAUCAGACGAAGUAAUGAAGAUGACUUUAGUAAUACUAUUCAUCCGGAUGAUAAAACAGUACUGAAUGAAGAGUCGUCAAUUCGACUGGAUUCAUUGACUGGUCGUGUAAUAACAAUGAAUGAAUUCACUAUCAAUCAUCAAUCCUCUUCAUUGCAUAUCACAUACAAUUUGAAAAAUAUACAACUUUAUCGUCAAUGGGAUGAUCGUCAACGCAUUGUGCAAUGUGUAUUGUAUUCGCUUAGCACUAGGCGCGAAUUAUUAUAUAAUCUUUCACUAUUAUACCAACCAAAUGCACUGCAGGCAUUGCAACAACGAGAAGAACGUGAAGGUCAAGUACCCCGAUGGAUCACAUAUGUACACGGUCCAGGUGGACGUUUAGAAGCUGUAGAUCGUGAAGAAGCUGGUACAAGCUUACAAUCACAUAGUCAGUUGAUUCAUAAUGCUGAAGGACGCAUAGCACAUCUGCGUAUAGCUACAUCAGAUCCUCAGUUACCGUUGGGUGAACGAUCAGAGUCCGGAUCUACAAGUCGUUCAGAGGAACUGCAAUUUAUCUACGAUUCAAGAGGUUUAUUAACACGACGAGGGAAUUGGCACUACAAUUUUGAUGAUGACGGUUUUCUUAUCAAACGGCAUUUGCACAACUUUUAUAUUAAUGAUCAGUUCGCCUAUAAUAGUAAAGGAUUACUUAUAUGGGCUGAGCGUACUGUGGAUAAGCGUGUUGAAUCGUCAUCUACUGAUAGUUUUCAUUCACCAUCAUCAGAGCAAUGGGCUUUAGAAGAUGAUGCAGGCUUGAAACGGUCCUAUUCAGUUCAAUUUGUUUAUGAUUCCCAAGACCGGUUAAUAAUUGUACGUGAUACAGUAGUUGUACGUGAUUUAGUCCAAUAUUUCUAUGCUGAUCCGAAACAUCCUACGCGUCUAACGCAUAUUUUCAAUCAUGGUCGAUUAAAAACUAUUCGACUACUAUACGAUCCUAUACAUGGUCAUCUUUUCGCCUUGGAGCAAUAUGACAAUGGUGGUCUAAACACAAAUAAUAAUGAGAAAAUAAACAAUCUGAAUCCUAACAAUAUUCAGUCGUCAAUAAAUUCAUUUGAUGAUAGUCAGUUCCACCAAGAUUCAACUGCCUCAGUUCAGAAACGUGUAUUCUUUGUUAUCACUAAUCAUGAAGGUAGUCCGACGGCAGCAUUUUCUGAGAAUGGAAAAUUGACGUGGGCUGCUGAAUAUUCUGCUACGGGAAGUCGACGUUUAACAUUGCCCAGUCGUAACAAUUUCUUUACUCGUGCUCUUAUUGAGGAAGUUGACUUGCCACUGGGUUAUGCAUCGUGUAUCACAGAUUUUCAUACAGGGUUCCUGUUUUGCCCACCAGUUAACCGUGCAUACGAUCCUCUAGGCGCAACAUUCACAAGUCCCGAUUGGCGUGGUCUUAUUUCUUCCCGACUACCAAGUGUAAAACGUGAUCCAUCUGUCUUGGAUACUCAUAAAUGGGGUCUUAUUGAACAAGAAUUGCUGGGAAUUGGUCCAUAUGGCUUGUUUUCGGAACUUCGUAAAGCUAUGAAAUCGCCUAUUUGGUGGCUUAAGCAAAUCGGUUUCAAUGUGAAUAAUUUUCUCACAAAGUUUGACACAUUUGACGGCAGUAUGGAGAGUAAUAGUAGAAACCCUUUGAAAUGCGGAUUACCUUUAUUUCCCAUUGACAUUACAUCCACUAAUUCAAUUGGUCAUACUCACAAUCAAGUAUAUCAACAAUUAAAUAGCAAACUUGAACGUCUCAGUAUGCUUGGAUCGAGUCGUUUAACCCCGGGUGGAUCAUAUGGCAGUGGAUUAUCAAGCUUUCUUCUUGACCCAAUGGAUGUCAAUGAUGAAAUGGCUUUACCUCUGUUGCCUGCUAAUACAAUGUUUGGACCUGAAGUUGGCUAUUCAGUGGGUCAUAAUGGACUGGUUGAAGUAGUUGCAGUUAAUCACUCUCAGCCGGUUAGCAAUCCCUAUCAAUUCAAGACAACAGAUAAUUUAUUGGCAACAAAACUUGCCUCUAUACUUAUCUCAGGUACAAAUCUUGUAGAUUGGUGGAGUUAUUCCAAGUCAUCUUUGUCGUCAUCUUCAGCACCAAAGUCACCACAAGCCUCUUCAUCGUCAUCAGAACUGGAUGAUAAACUUUUUAUCCAAUUAUUUGUAUCUCACAGAAAAGAUUUUCAGACUACAUUUAAACAAUUGACCACACUGGGAUUCAAGUUACCGGUGUAUAAUCCAAUAAUUGGUAUCAAUCUAACAAUGAUGAUCACAAAUGAUAAGCAUAAAGAAUUAUGGCUAACACGAUAUAACUUACAAUGGAGGAUAAGAUAUGCCAAUUCAGCAUCAGAUUCAUGGUCCAAUCUUAUUAAUUCAACUAUUGAUAAUGCUAAAGAACGCGGUGAAAUGUUAGCUUGGUUGAAUGAAGCAAAAUUAAUUCAACAACUACUCUCAACACCAACUACAUCUUCAACAUCAACAAUGGAUAACUUUAUGAAUCUAAAUGCAAUCGUUAAUCAUAAACUGACUUCUAAGUAUAUACUAGGAUUUAACUAUCCAUGGAAUAGAUAUGAAGUAAACGAAUUGGCGCAAAUAUUUUACAAGAUAAGGGAAUAG